GUCUCCCGCCCUCCUUUUCUCACCACUACUUCUUGAGCCACCUUCCUAGGUUGCUGGUGCUCUCCGUAAUCCGGUCAACAGGAAACUAGAAACUUGGCCACAAACUUUACAUUUCGUGGCAUCAUGGUCAAGAAGAAGAAAGAACCCCAGGCAAAGUAGGCCGAAGCCCUUCACAACUUGGACAUGCUUUUACCUACCACGGAGGUAUCGACGCAGACUGGAAGGCCCUGGUUUAGGGACGUGAGAAUCGGAAGAAUGGUCGACAAUCCUGAGCAAGCUGUCCAUAUCAUUGGUGAGCGCAGUGCUCAGAAAGCGAACCUGAGGAAUAUACCGCUCUGGUAUUGCACUAGAAAGAAGAGCCUCUAGAGUACAAUUAUCUGACCUGGCGGGAAAACUGCCUACCUACCCACCUACUUUUCCCAGACUGGAAAACAACGGACCACCUAAAGAGGUUCCAAUCUACUCCCGCUUCCUGACUUCAAACACGCCACACCCAUCACGACAACGACAGUGGUUGGUCGCCUAACUUUGGCCGCCUUUUUGCGGCCGUAUACCCGCCGGUGAGGAGUGAGGCAGCCGAGAUACUUUUUGAGCUGGCGUUGCUAGUGGAUAAUGAUGCAGGAUGCCCUGUCCCAAAGCCAUGCUUUUUAUUUUCCUCACUAAACCAGCACCAACUUGUCUCGUCGACAUAUCGAUGCCGGGAGAGUGGUAAAAGCACCAUGGCCGGGCCAUUUCUCACUCUUUUCUUAGCUUUGCGAGCCGCAAAAUGGAACCUUGUGUGUUCGGCCAGCAGACCUCGCACUGGGCGCCAUAUCCAUCCGCCUUUCGGCAUUAAUAUCACCGUUUCUCCAACAAACACGACCAAGAUUGAGAUCAUCCCAAGGCCGCCGCCAGCAUACAUGGUUGACUAUCAGAACAAUUACUACAAGACGGCCCCCGACACAGACGAGCAGAACGGCCCAACGUGGACCUACUCUGGCAGCCUGAACGGCUAAAGUUCCAAAUCUCCAGAGUGGCAUUGUGCUCCGCGGCGGCUACGAAGACUCCAAUAUAUUAUACGGAAAAGCUUUACAUCUUCCGGCAGCACGACCGUCAAGCGACAGCAACCCUCAUUCUGGCUCUCGAGCUCGGUGUUGGACAUGCCCACCACGGGCAGCACAACCGCCGUCGACAUCUUUACCGCGAUGUCGCGUGCCAGGCUGGGUUUCGACCCGAGUCCUGGCCGUUGAGCGAACAUAUAUAAAACAAAAAAACCUGCAAAAAGUAAGCAUUCAUUGUAGAAACGGUGUCAACAACCCGAGGCUACCUGGCAUGACUUGAGAAACACGGUGUCGAGCAUUGCCUUGGUAGUCCUGUAAGGUUGUAAACGUGACGCAAGGCGGGGGACUAUAGUUUUUGGCCAACCUUAAGACUGGAAUGUCGUUGAAGUUGAGUAGGUGUGUAGUGCCACGUGACGUGAAUCCAUUACCAGUGCUGCAUAGUAAGUAUUUUUCUGGUUUACGGGCGGCAGGGGGAGGGGCUUGGAAGGGAGGGGUGGAGUUUACCCGCGCGCACUUGCUACCGGCUGACCGGUAGCCUUGGCUUGUAUUGGAUUGCGUGGAUUUCGUCCGAUGCAAUUUAACCAAACUGAUAACUGA